AUACUUCCGUGAUCUAUUGUAGUAAAUUAUGUUUGUCUAUAGCUAUACUUCCGUGUCUAUAUCUCUUUUGAACUUUGAUCACUUUUGAUCUUUUCAUUUUGCAUUUGAUAUAGAUUUUACCCUGAUCUCUUGGUAGAGAGUAAUUGUGUUCUGUGGCCCUGAACGUAUUGAAACCUUCGUAGCUUUUGUGUUUGUUUUUGUAUUUAAGAAAAACAAUGUCUGUUGCUGUUAAAGGUAUAUUCAUCGUGGGUGCCAAACGUACACCAUUCGGCACGUUUGGCGGCGUGUUCCGCAACACGACAGCCUCGGAACUGCAGACUACUGCCAUGGUGGCCGCCCUGCGUGAAUCCGGAGUGGCGCCCACACAGAUCGACAGCGUAGUCGUCGGGCAAGUUAUGCCGAUAUCGCAAGUGGAUGGGUCAUACACCCCGAGGCACUCGUCUCUCAAGGCGGGUAUACCGCAGGACCGGCCGGCACUCGGCGUCAACCGGCUUUGCGGCUCCGGAUUCCAAGCCAUUGUCAACAGCGCGCAGGACAUUCUCACUGGUGCAGCCAAAAUCUCUUUGGCUGGUGGUGUAGAGAACAUGUCCCAAGCUCCAUUCGCCGUUCGUGGCGUUAGAUUCGGGACAGCCCUGGGUACUUCUUAUGCAUUUGAAGAUACAUUGUGGUCGGGACUUACUGACACCUACUGUGGCCUGCCCAUGGGUAUGACUGCAGAGAAACUUGGCGGACAGUUUGGCAUUACUAGGGACGAGGUUGACAACUUUGCUUUAAAGUCUCAACAGAGAUGGAAAGCCGCCAACGAUGCUGGAAUUUUCAAAGCGGAGAUUGAACCAGUGACACUGAAGAUUAAGAAGAAGGAGGUGGCUGUGGAAGUGGACGAGCACCCUCGUCCCCAGACCACGUUGGAGGGACUCAAGAAGUUGCCGCCCGUGUUCAAGAAGGAUGGAUUGGUUACUGCUGGAACUGCUUCAGGUAUAAGCGACGGCGCUGGGGCACUAAUCCUCGCGAGCGAAGAAGCUGCCAAGAACUUGAAACCACUAGCUCGGCUGGUGGGCUGGUCGUACGUGGGCGUGGACCCCAGCAUUAUGGGCAUUGGACCCGUUCCAGCUAUUGAGAACCUGCUCAAGGCCACAAAAAUGACGCUGAACGAUGUGGACCUCGUUGAAAUCAACGAGGCAUUCGUUGCGCAGACACUCUCCUGUGCCAAGGCACUGAAGCUGGACCUGGAGAAACUGAACGUGAACGGUGGCGCUACUGCUGUAGGACAUCCUCUCGCCGCUUCUGGAGCCCGCAUCACUGCCCACCUCGUUCACGAACUCGAACGCCGCGGUUUGAAGAGAGCUAUCGGGUCAGCUUGCAUCGGCGGCGGCCAGGGCAUCGCUCUUAUGAUAGAGGCCGUUUAACUUGAUAUGACAUCUAAAUAUACAUUUAAAUAUUUUAACAUUUGUUAUAAGCUAGAUUGUCGUGUUCACUCGAUGAAUCUUAAUUAUGAGACUCUUGAAUAAAAAGUUAGGUAAAGGACUUAGUCGCUGAGGUGGACAUCCAAAUAAAAACUUAUUUACAAAGAUAUUGUUGAUGAGACAAUGAUUGAAAUAAAAAGAGGGUGGCUUAAUAUUUUAAAACAAAUGCAAAUUUUGUGAAUACCCAGUUAAAGUAAGAUUCAUAUGUAUAUUUAUAAUGAAUGACAUUAUAUUUUAUAGAGGUUUUUGGAGGUUAUUGUUAAAUAGUGCUCCUACCAGUGAACACACAUAAUUUGUAAGCGAUAAUUAUUAUGGUAUUGUUUUUUUGGAAACUGAUUUUAUAUAUUUUAUUUUUACUAACAGUAUGUAACCUAUACAUAAGUAAAGGUGAAGAAUUAUAGAUACCAGUGAAAUAAUCAAGUAAUUUUUACAACAUUUUGUAUUUCCUUAGUUUAUUGAGUUAAUCCGCUAUUGCGGCUUUUUUUGACUGUGCGAUAAAUCAUUGAGACAAUCCGCUAUUGCGGUUUAUAUAAAUGACUGUGCAAUAAAUAUGAUUUUCUUUU